AUGGAACAAGAUCUAAUAGAAGGUUUAAAGCACAUGCAGUUAACCAAGGAAGAAGAAGUCCACAUCUCAGUAUUUGGGGAAGGCAGAUCUGAGCUAUUAGAAGAAUGUGCUCUUAGUCUGAUGGGGCGUUUGUUGACAGACAGGAAGCAGAACCAGCGAGCCUUGAAGAAUACACUAUGCUUGGCUUGGAAAGUGGGGCCAGAUCUAAGGAUUGUAGAGGUUGGAAAUGACAUCUACCAGUUCAAGUUUUCAAAUGAGCACCAACUGAAAUGGGUGGAAUCAAACGGCCCAUGGAAUUUCAAAAAUAAUCUCCUUCUACUUCAAAGAUGGAAAAGGGGUUUGACUGCUAAUAACAUCAUCUUCACCCACUCACCAUUCUGGCUACAGGUAUGGGGUCUUCCUUUUGAUAUGAUGUCUGAGAAAACUGGAAGAGAUAUAGGAAAUAGUAUUGGAAAGUUUGUGAUGGCAAAUUCUAGAUCAUGGUCUUCAGACUAA